AUGCUCCUCCGCCGGUUCCAACCCGCAGCGGCCCGCCCCCUCCGCUCCGGCGCAUUCCCGAUCCCGGUCCUGUCCCCAGCGCAGCUCUCCCGAGCUCGCAACCUCGCAGCGGCGCCGUUCACCACCUCGCGUGCGCUGCGUGAUGACGUCGCUUCCGCGAACCACUACGAGACCCUGAAGGUCGCUCACGAUGCAUCGCCCUCCGACAUAAAGAAAUCCUUCUACGCCCUCUCAAAAACCCACCACCCAGACCACAAUCGCAACGACCCCGAUGCCUCACGAAAGUUCCACGCCAUAGCCGAGGCCUACUCCGUCCUCGGCACUCCCGCAAAACGCGCCGCCUACGACCGCUCCCUACCGUCCUCCUCCUCCUCAUCUUCGCACGAUCGCCGCGGCUCCUACCACAGCACCGGCCCCGCCGGCGGCCGCCCGGCCUCGGGCCUCUCGCGGCGCAGGACGACCUUCCGCGGCCCCCCGCCGAGCUUCUACAGGUCCGGCGGGUGGGGCCAGCAGUCGGCAAAGCGCAAGGAGGCGCACGAGGGCAGCGCUGGUGACGGGACAGGGACGGCAGGGGCGAGCGCGCAACCCGGCAUGGGACCCGGGCAGGACCCGUACAGGCACACGAGGUCCGGCAAAGUGUCACAUUUCGAUUCGCAGACGCACACCAAGUCGCAGUCGAGACAGGACUCGCGACGGGCGCAUAGGAUCGCCGGCACUGAGGUGCCCAUCGGAGCACAGGAGACGUCAGUGGGCGCUUUCAUGGUCGUCAGCGGCAUUCUGUUCUUUUCCUUCUUCAUACCAUACGUUGCCUUCGUCGGGUUGCGUCGCAAGAAGAAAGAUGGGAAAUAUUAA